CAAGUUUUCUUUUAAAAAAAUAUCUUUAUUUUAAAUGAAAACGUGAAAUGAUUUGUGAGAAAGUCAAAAUAAAAAAGACAAGUGAUGCACAGACCCUCGACUUAAACGAGAGAAGUGAAGACGAGGAUAUGGAGCUAUAUCAAAAAAAUGAAGAGCCUCAAACAUUGGAGUUGCUUCAAGACAUUGAAGACUUCCCUACGAAUGACAGUACAGCGUUAGAAGAUUUCAGUCAACAAUACGACAUGGAAGACGAAACCCUACAGUGCGUUCCUCAAUUAAGCAUGGAAUCUCCUCUUCAAAAUGCUAAAACAAAACAACAACAGGCAAAAAGACCUCGAACGAAGAUUACCGCGCAGCGUAAAAGGAUGGAAAAAUCAUCUCACAAAAGCAACCUAAACAUCCAAACAGUUUUGCCCAAGAGAGUCCCAUUAGCGAAAAUAAUUUCUUUUCAGGAAGACGAUUUUCCUAAGGCAAGAAAGGAAGGAACUUGGAUACAAUGUUCAAGGAUCGACUGCUUAAAAUGGAGAAAGUUACCAAAUGAGACUGAACCCUUUUUGUUGCCAGAUCGCUGGGUCUGUGCAAUGAAUCCUGAUACAACACGAAAACAAUGUACUGCUUCUCAAGAAACCUGUGACAGUCAAGAUGACUUUGAUGUUGUUUAUACACCAUUCGUCCAAGGGUCUUUGGUUUGGGCUAAAGUACAAGGUUAUCCAUGGUGGCCAGGUAUAGUGGAAGACGAUCCAGACUACAAAUGCUGCUAUGAAACUGAUGAUAGCGAUGUUAACCCAAUAAGUUAUCAUGUCUCCUUUACGUUCGACAAAGAUGUGUCAAGAUCUUGGGUCAGUAAUUUUAAUGUUUGUAGUUUCCACGGUGUUGAAAACAUCAACAAGAUGAGUACAAAACAGAAAAGGUUUAACAAACCUUUAGAAAGAGCAUUGAUUAAGGCAAGAAAAGCGAUGGAUAUGUCUUUGGCGGAAAGACUUCGCCAGUACAGUUUUAAUUUGUUGUACAAAGGUUAUCAUGGUGAGAGAUUUAACUAACAAAUAAUGACAAGAUGUUUGAAAACAGUACAGAGCGUUGAAACCAUCUCUUCUAUGACUCUUGUAGAUGUCACUUAAAGUUCACAAAACGAAAAUAAUAUUGUUUUUUUCACAUUAGAUAACGCA